AUGUUGUCUGAAGGAGGCUCGUUCAUGAAGGGGAUGGUCAUGGGAGGCAUAUUUUGUUUGGUGCUGUCUCUCAUAAGUAGCUUCAACCCCAUCCCAAAGUCUGGGACAGAAGAGCACCAUCAUAACCAUCAUCAUGUCAAAGCAGCAAGCAAAGAGGAGCUCCAGAAACUCUCCGACAGUCAGGCCCAGCACCUGACCAGCCAAGUACGCGUCUACUGUGUGAUCAUGGUCCAGCCAAAGAACAUUGUUUUCUGGGCGACCGCUUUAGACACCUGGAGCAAACACUGCGACAAGCCCGUAUUUUACACCUCGGAGUCGUCCAAGGCGCUGGAGGCGGUGGACCUCAAAGAAAAGGACGACUGGGUUCGGCUGCGCAAAGCUCUGAAGCACGCCUUUGAGAAUGCCGGCGACCUGCGCUGGUUCUUCGUGGCGCAGCCCAGCACCUUCGCCAUCAUCGAGAACCUCAAGUACCUGGUGCUGAGUAAAGACCCGGACGAACCGUUCUACCUGGGCAAGGCGGUGAAGUCCGGGGAGCUGGAGUACGUGGAGUACGAGAGCGGCAUCGUCCUGAGCCACAACGCCCUGAAAAGGCUGGUGAGCGUGUUCGAGGACGAGGAGAAGUGCCCGGAAAGGGGGCGGGCUCUGUGGAAGCUGAGCGAGGACAAGCAGCUGGCCGUGUGCCUGAAGUACACCGGCGUGUUCGCGGAGAACGGAGAGGACGCGCACGGGAAGGGCCUGUUCAACAGCCGGAGCGUGGACAGCCUGAUCACAGACAGCAUGAAGAACAACCCCACCGACGUGGUGGAGGGCUGCUGCGCAGACUUGGCCGUCACCUUCAGCGGGAUGUCCCCCAACCAGAUGCAGGUCAUGAUGUUCGGAGUUUACAGGCUCCGCCCCUACGGCCACGACUUCCAGGACUGGUUAACGUUUUACCCCCCAGAAGGUUCAGACAAUGAUUAG